UAAACUAAGUUGAAAAGAAAAAAAAAAAUUGGAUUGUGUUGAAAUUAAUUUUUCAAUAAUAUUGAACGGAAUUCUUUAGUCUUCCUUUUCUUUGCUUUUAAUCAAUGCUUGCUAGGGCUGUUAACUCAUUGCCAUUUGGGCUUUCACAAGGAAUUACUAAACUUUACUUUUUAGCAUUAACUUGGAAACAACAAGGAUUACAUAGUCUUCAAGAGCAUCACACAUACAAUAAAAUGGAUGUGAAGAUUCUACCAGCCUUGCAAGAUAAUUAUAUGUACUUGAUAGUAGAUAAGGCUACCAAAGAGGCAGCAAUAGUUGAUCCCGUAGAACCAAAUUCCGUGUUAAAAGCUGUAGAAGAACAGGGAGUGAAAUUAACAAAAGUUCUUACCACACAUCAUCACUGGGAUCAUGCUGGUGGCAAUGAAAAUUUGGUAAAAAUGCACCCUGGUUUGGAAGUAUAUGGUGGUGAUGACCGAAUUGGCGCUUUAACAAGGAAAGUAAUACAUAAUUCUAGAUUUAAUAUUGGUAAUUUGAAUGUGCAUUGCCUAUUUACACCAUGCCAUACCUCUGGACAUAUCUGUUAUUUUGUUACACCAUCUGAAGAGGGAGAAGAUGGUGUUGUUUUCACAGGUGAUACAUUAUUCCUUGGAGGUUGUGGUAGAUUCUUUGAAGGUACUGCUGAACAAAUGCACCAUGCCCUAAUUGAAGUAUUAAGUAACCUUCCAAAUCAAACAAAGGUGUUCUGUGGCCAUGAGUAUUCUCUGCAAAACUUAAACUUUGCCUUGCAUGUUGAACCCGAAAAUGAAAAAAUUAAGGAGAAGAUUAGUUGGUCUAAACAACGAAGAGAUGAAGGAAAACCAACUGUUCCAUCAACAAUUGCUGAAGAAAAGUUGUACAAUCCAUUCAUGAGAGUGAUGGUUCCUUCUGUUAUGGAACAUGCAAAUAAACAAAAUCCUAUAGAAACUAUGAGAGCAAUUCGUCUUGAAAAGGAUAAUUUCAAGGGUUGAUAAAUUGAUAUAAUGUAAAGUUUAUAUUUUUAUGUUUCCUUCUUAUUUCGUUAAAUUUCUUGUAGUUGUUUCAAUAAAUAAAUAUUAUUAAAAAAUGU